GGGUUAGAGCUGCUGGAGGGGGUUCCUGGCAGAGCUGAGAGCUUGUGGCCCCCCCUCUUCCUGGCUGGCUUCCUUGUGUCAGGGGCCCCUCCCAGCAUGCCUGGGGGCUCUCAGCUGCACUAUACCUCUCACUCCAUCUGGCAGCAAAGCCUUAAGUUUCUAUAGCAAGGGGAAUCUGCUCUGUUAUACACAGCAAUGGUAAUGUCCAGUAAGAACAAGAAUGGGGCCACUAAGGAGAUCUUAGAUCUGACUAUUGAGAUUCUCUCCCUGCUGACUGGAGAGGAUUAUAUUCUAAUAAAGAAGGAGCUCAGCAAUGGAGAAGACUACAGUGAUCAUAAUACAUCAGACUCUACAGAGGAGACAAAUUCCCUUCAGCACCUGUGGGAAAAUGGCCAAAAGGUUCUGGAACUGGCCAAUAAGAUUGUUUGCCUGCUGACAGGAGAGGUUCCUGUGCGCUGUGAGGAUGUUGCCAUCUAUCUCUCGCAGGAGGAGUGGGAGUAUUUAGCCGGACACCGGGAGCUUUACACAGAGCACAAGGCUAUGAGCUUGUUGGGUGAAUGUAAGAACAUGAGCCCCACAGGCCGCGGCUGCUUGUCUUUGUACCCACACCGUUGCACAGAGGAAGAGAGGAGGGCUGGGCGCGACUUUAAGGUUGAGCAAGCAGAUCUUGUACAUACAGAGGUGAUACCAACAGAUGCAAUAAAGACGGAAGCUCCAUCAGAGGAUUAUCCUGAUACUGCGCCUACGUGUGAGAAUGAGACCCAGAUACCCACAGACAGACUGCAGGGAGCUGCCAUAGGCAAUGAUUUCCACUCAUCACUAGAAGCACAUCUCCCAGACUCACCCAGCCGCCAUAGGAAGAUGGAAUGUUCAUCUGAUGAUACAGACACCCCAGAAGCUAAGGGGUACACCUGUACGGAUUGUGGCAAACACUUUACAAUAGAAUCAGACUAUAUCUGUCACCAAAGAACACACAGCCCUGAGAUGUUCCGCUGCUCCGAUUGCCAUAACUGUUUCGGCAGUCUCGCCGAGCUCGUCAUACACCAAACUCUGUACAAGGAACAGUGCGGCAAAACUGUGCUUUCUAGAGGCAAAUCUCCCACCCAGCAGAGCGAGAGGCAGGGAAAAGGUGGGAAAGGGGUCACCCAACUAGUAACCAACAACGGGGUGAAACCAUUCACCUGCUCGGAAUGCGGGAAGUCUUUCACUAAACGUUCCAAUCUCACUAUGCACCAGAAAAUCCAUUCCGGGGAGAGACCGUUUUCCUGCUCCGAGUGUGGGAAAUGCUUCACUCAGAGUUCCAAGCUCCUGAUCCAUCAGGGGACUCACACAGAGGAGAAACCAUUUGCUUGUUCCGAAUGCGGGAAGAGCUUUUCUCAGAUGGGUUAUCUCUUAACUCACAAGCGCAUUCACACAGGGGAGAAGCCGUUCUCCUGCCCGCAGUGCGGCAAACUGUUUACACGCAAAUCGACUCUCCUGAAGCAUCAGAGGAUUCACACGGGAUCCUUUCCCUGUUCCUAUUGUGGGAAAUGCUUCAGCCAGAAGUCCAAUCUGAUGUCCCACCAGCGAAUACACACCAGGGAGAAGCCUUUCGCCUGCGCCAGUUGCGACAAAUGUUUCACAGACAAGUCGGCCCUCAUUAAACACGAGCGAGUCCACACCGGGGAGCGGCCAUUUAUAUGCACUCACUGCGGGAAAGGCUUCACCCAGAUAACCCAUCUCACCACUCAUCUGAGGAGUCACACAGGGGAGAAGCCAUUUGCCUGCCCGGAUUGUGGGCGGUGUUUCGCGGGCAAACCGGCCCUCGUCAAGCAUCGGCGGCUUCACGCUAAGGAGACCGCUCUUGUGUACUGAGUCCUAGAAUUAAUACUUCUAAAGACUUAUUAUAGGAUUAUUGGGUUUUUUUCAUACCACAAUGUGGUAGUUCUGCAAAGCCUUAUUCUAAAUCAAGUAACUGCGCUGUAUAAUUGUAUUUAAAGAAACAGAAACACCAAAAAAAAUUAUAUUUAUAAUUUUAUAUAAAUAAGCUACUGUGUAGCAAUAGGGGCAGUUGAAAUAGGGCUAAAUGGAACAGGUUAAAUAGCAGAUAUCAGAUGAGCGCUGUGGAACGCCAUUAUAUUCUAUGGAGCUUAUAUUUAUCUGCUUUGUAUCCUUAGCCUUUUCUCCUGUAAAUGGCUGCCCCACCCUACAAAGCAGUUUAUUCAUAUAAGCUAUAACUGUGUAUCUGAAGCAAACAUAUAAGUUUUACCAGCGCAAAACAACAUGACUUUAAUUUUUUCAUGUCAACAGAAAAGUGUCAACGGUCUAACCUGAUCGAAACAAAGGAAAAUUCUAAAUAAAUGUAAAAAAUUGCACUAUUUCUGAUAUAAUCAAGUAAAUAUUCACUGCCCCCCUUUUAAUAAACAGUCUCCAUGUUUGUGCGCAG